AUGAGGCGGGUCGUUUAUUGUGGAGUGGGUUCAAGCGAGUUUCUCAGGCCAGUCACCAGCAGCAGCUAUAGUGAAUCUCCCCAGGGUCAAAGUGAGGAUGACACUCUCCUGAGCUCUUGGAGCGACUUUGGGGACUUCUUCGAUGGCCUCAAGGACCUCCUUUCGCCCACCCUCCUUGAGGAUAUCGAGUCUUUCUUCCAUCACGUCGCCUGCCUUCUGGAUGACAAGACUACCGACCAGACUAAGUCACUGAUUGGUACUGCCUCCAGAAUUCUGGCCCAAAGCUUGAUCGACAAGAUUACAGGCUUUCUCGAUAACGCAAGUGCUUUGUUGACUGCGGAUUUUGUUCAUGAAACUCAGGGUCUUAUCAAGUCUGUCGCUCCUAUCCUGACUCCUGAAUUGUUCAAGGAAAUCAGUGGUCUGCUGGAUAGAGCUGGAAACCUCCUCACCAAGGACUUCAUCAGGGAAACCAAGGGUCUCAUUGGUACUGUGGCUCCCGUGAUCACUCCUGAUCUGUUUAAGGAUAUCAAGGGGUUACUCACCAAUUCCAAUUCGCUGUUGACUCCUCAGUCUACGCCUGAGUCUAUUAAGGGAAUCAACGGUCUGUUGAAAAAUGCCAACACUCUGCUUACUGCGGAGACUAUCAAGGAGAUUGAAAGCUUGUUGAAAAAUGCCAACACUCUGUUGACUCCAGAUACGAUCAAGAAGAUCGGUGGAUUAUUGAACACGGCCAAUGCCUUGCUGACUCCAGAGUCAGUGAAGGAAGUCGGCGGACUGCUGAUCGGCGCCAAUACCCUGCUUAUUCCCAAGUUCAUCCGCGAAACCAAGGGCCUGAUCGGCAGCGUGGCUCCUGUUCUAACGCCCGAGGUUCUCAAGGAAGUCAAAGAGAUCAAUAGUCUGCUGUCAAAUGCCCAUGCCCUACUGACUCCCAAAUUUGUCAAGGAUACCAGUGGCCUGAUUGAGGGCAUCACGCCUGCCAUCACGCCGGCCCUGCUUGCUGAGGUCGGCGGUCUUCUUCACACGGCUUGCAGUCUUCUGACUGACAAGUUCGUGGAAGACACUGCAUACCUGAUCAGCAAUGGAACUAUGCUGCUCAACCCAAGCUUCGUUAAUGGUACUCGUGGGCUCAUCAAGGAUGUAUCGCCGAUCGUCACUCCUGACCUCCUGGCACAGGUGGGUGGCUUGCUCGAUAAUGUGGACGAGCUUCUCUCGAAGAAAUUCGUCAAUGAAACGCAAACUUUGAUCGAGGAUGCUGCGGAUCUUCUCCCGCUGGUUAUGAAGAUAAUUGGGUCGUUGUAA